AUGACUGUCCCCGCCGAAAUAACUGUGACACCUGAAGAUGCGACCUUUCCAGGUCCAUUCGAAGGUCCUGAAAAACUCCUUGAAGUAUGGUUCGCGCCUUCCUUCGACCUUUUACCUGAACCUUCAACGCCCUUGAAGAAACGUGUCCCGACCCAUGAACUGGACAAACUCGACCUCUCGUCUACAAAUGGAGAAUCGGGUGAUGGGGCUGCGACAGGAGGCAUAGGAAGCAGUGUCAAACGAAAAGGUUUACGGAUCGUCCCGCGUGCAGUAUGGGAAGAAAUGCUGGAUAUAGUCAAGUGCAAGGUCUUGAGUGUGGUAGAAGGUGAUGAGCUGGAUGCGUACUUGCUGAGCGAAUCAUCGCUCUUUGUCGCUCCUCACGUGUUGAUCCUCAAGACUUGCGGAACAACGUUGAACCUGUUGGGGUUACAUAGGAUCAUCGAAAUUGCCAGAGAAUACUGUGGAUUCACCAACAUAUGGAGAUGUUUCUACUCUCGGAAAUCCUUCUUCUUCCCUGAGAGACAAAGUGGACCACAUAAGGAUUGGCGGGACGAAGUCACCUUUCUAGAUAGUGUCUUUUGCUCCGCUGGAUCCGCCUACACUGUAGGACCUAUGAACCGGGACCAUUGGCUCUUGUACCUCACGUCCCCGGACACCCUUCCUCUCCUCCCUUCCGACUCUUCUUUAUCCAACUCAUCAUUCCGACUCUCUCUCCCUUGCCCUGGCAGGCCACCACCCACGUAUCAGGAUCAAACGUUGGAGAUCCUCAUGACUCAUCUAUCUCCGUCUGCUCGAGCUCCAUUCUUCCACGCAGAGGCUACAUCGUCAGGAUCAUCAUUGACAGGGCAUGAGCUCGGCCUCGGUAUCUCCACUCGACUAGGGAUCGACAAGCUUUUCCCUGCAUAUGAAACAACGCUUGACAGUUAUGGUUUUGACCCAUGUGGAUACAGUGCCAAUGCAGUCAUUGGCAGCGGUAUGCCAGAAGCCUCGAGUGUGCCUGGUAAACCUGGUGGAGGAUACUUUACGAUUCACGUGACGCCAGAAGAAGGAUGGUCUUACGCUUCAUUCGAAUGCAACGUUCCGCUACCUAUGGCUUCGAGCUCCUCAACUCCCUCUAUCACACCUUCCUCAUCGAAUGAUUCGGUAUCCCGACCUCACUUGACUCAACUGAUACGAAACGUUGUGGGCAUCUUUCAACCCUCUCGACUCAGCAUCACCCUCUUCGUCUCGACGCCUCCUUCUUCUUCUUCUUCUUCUUCUUCGUCUUCAGGUACCGAUCAAGGCCCAACAUCAACAAGCGAGACGGAAGCUAGGGCUUGGCAGGCUUUCAGUAUGGACUUGCUUGGGGAAGGGUACACCAGAAAGGAUAGAAUAGGGUACGAGUUUGACGGGUACGAUUUGGUCUUUGCGUGCUUUGAGAAGAGAGGCUGGGUCGAGGAAAAGGUGCAGUGA